UAACGAGAGGGACAGAUGCUUGCUGCUAUAAAAGUGACGGUUGAGAUGGUCGAGGUCUGUCGCUUGAAAAUGUCGCGCGCCGUUGGACACCGCGAUCGAACCUGUUGGUCGUUUCCACCCUCUCGUAUCAUGAUGUUGUUUAUAUUAUUACUGUCCUUGUGGACGACGUUGCUACCAGUGAGUGCCGGUCCGAUACCCGAUCUCGCGAAGGAGUAUCAAAAUCUUGUGUCCGAGAGCUCGACGGUGGACAACUCCACGGACAAUUCGACGGAAAUUGCAGCCAACACCGACGUAUACGUGAUUAAAGCCGUAGUUUACGAGAUUGGGAUUCUCACCGACACGGAUAACACAACAACGGACGAGAGUACGGAGAGGCACGAGAGAGUCGACAUAUCGUUAUACGACCCACCGCUUGCGGAUGACGAAUUCUCGUGAUACCAAGGAUGCUGUCACACCUCGAAGUGAGAACGAGGCAGACGCGAAGUUACACGCGUAAACGCAUUUGCGGCUGUAAAGUGUGAACGAAAAACACUGCUAAACACAAAGACUGUACAAGUGGUAUUUUCUUUUUUUUUCCGAUAGUUUUGCGCGCAUAGUAAAUUAUUGAUUGACGCAAGAGAUAGUAUAUAGAGAUUUGACGGAGUGCGUAAAAGAUGACACAAUUGUAACGCAAUUUAUAAAGAGAUUUCGUUAUUAAACUGCGACGACGCGACGAAACGAAAA